CAGAAGACUACUAUGUCACACCGUAGUCAGAAUCUUUGGUCAGUACAUUUCAAAUUGAUUUUCAGAUUGAUCUCUAUGAAAAUGAACAGUCUUCUGCAGGGAUGAAUUAAAUGCAAACGUUGCCAUGGCAACCGAACAGCUAUUUCGUUUCUAUAACGACAGGAAUUAUGUACGACGUACAAAAUCUAUGGAACAGCCUCGAUCGAUGGGACCGACAUUAAUUGGUGUUGGGCCAAAUGAAAAUAUUGAGCUUGUCCCAUACAGACCUCGGAGUUCAGGAACGAAAAAUGAUGUUGACAAGAGGUUUCUAAGGCGAUCACACUCAGCGGUUGAGCAUCCCAUGGGUCGUGGCUACAGAAAUCAACCAAUAAGCACUCGUUUAGAUGCCCCACUUAUGCUUAUCCCUGUGGCAAAACCUACCUCGAAUUCGUUUAUGGAAUACAUCGAACAGUUACGUCAAAAACGGGAAAGCACUGUCGUACCUGUGGCAGAGGUUUCAAAGUUUUCUUUAUCAUCGAGUCGUUACCAUGACAAUCAAAACAGCUCACGUAAAACAUCACCUGUUAUACAUAGAGGAUUGGUGAGACGCAAUAAAAGUGCUGGAGACAAGCCGACAUAUAUGUUGGACACUAAUAAAAGUCUCAAUUUACAAACAGCGUAUCAUUCGAAACGCAGAGUGCAAUUUGACAAUAGAGCAAAAUCUGCCCCUGGUACACGUGCGUACACGGAGGAUAGUGAACUACCAACUUCUGAAGAGAACCAUACAAAACAUAAAGACGAAUAUAGUAACAAUGAAUCAUUUGGUUUGAAAGGGAAACAUGCUACUCUACAUAGCAACAAAUUCGAGCUCCAUGGCAACAGCCAAAAGAAGGAUUUUUGCCUGCUUUGUUUUGCGGAAAGGUUCAAUCUUAAAAAUGCGAAAGAAUUGAAAAGCUGGAUCGAGCAAGAUCCUAGAAAGGUAAGUUCAUUUAUAGUUUUGCUUCAAGACCGUGGACCCCCCCCUCUAUCUACUUUGUGUUUUGUUGGUGACGCGUGGGUGAAGGAGAUAGUUGAGGUCCACAGUCUUGAAGCAACACUAGUUCAUUUACAUUCUUCCACUGCCCACAUUGAUGACUGGUUACUUUGAUGGCUAC